CCUUUGUCAGAGUUUGGGCUCGAGGAGUUCUGUUUGGGGAGAAGUCACCUGUAGGAGGGCGAGAGACAGACCGGGGACUGGCUCUGAAUCUUGAGGUGAGAGCUGACAGCUGAAGUUAAAGGUGUUUUGGGGGGCCCAUUGGAUUUUAUUAAGCUACCUUGGAUCGGAAGUGCUGCCUCCCACUCCUUUUACCUGCAGAGGAUCAUGUGGAAUCUUGACACAAAUCCUCCCCAUCUCAAUGGUCUUUGACCUGUCCUUCUAGCAUCUCCAGCUGGCUGCCUUGAUAUCCCUCUGGUUCUGCAGUUUUGGGUGUGAGCAAGAUGGAGGCCAGCCUGUCUGAUUUUAACAUCGAUGCCCCUCGUUGGGACCAGUACACUUUCCUGGGGAGGGUGAAGCACUUCUUUAACAUUACGGACCCCCGCACUGUCUUUGUAUCAGAGCGAGAGCUGGACUGGGCCAAGAUGAUGGUGGAGAAGAGCAGGAGUGGGGUCAUACCCCCAGGUACUCAAGUGGAGCAGCUGCUCUAUGCCAAGAAGCUAUAUGACUCAGCCUUCCAUCCUGACACUGGGGAGAAGAUGAAUGUCAUUGGGCGGAUGUCCUUCCAGGUCCCUGGCGGCAUGAUCAUCACAGGCUUCAUGCUCCAGUUCUACAGGACUGUGCCGGCAGUGAUUUUCUGGCAGUGGGUGAACCAGUCCUUCAAUGCCUUAGUCAACUACACCAACAGGAAUGCCGCUUCCCCUACAUCAGUGAGGCAGAUGGCCCUUUCCUACUUCACAGCCACAACCACCGCAUUGGCCACCGCUGUGGGCAUGAACAUGUGGACAAAGAGAGCACCACCCUUGGUGGGCCGCUGGGUGCCCUUUGCUGCUGUGGCUGCAGCUAACUGUGUCAAUAUCCCAAUGACGCGACAGCAGGAACUCAUCCAGGGCAUCUGUGUGAAGGAUGGGAAUCAGAAUGAGCUUGGCCAUUCCCAGAGAGCUGCAGCCAUAGGCAUCACCCAGGUGGUAAUUUCCCGGAUCACCAUGGCUGCCCCUGGCAUGAUCUUGCUGCCAGUCAUCAUGGAAAGGCUGGAGAAACUGCAUUUCAUGAAGGAUAAGGAAGCCUGUGUGGGUACCAACAAUCAAAGCUACAUCUGUGACACAGGACACUGCUGUGGACAGUCUCAGUGCUGCAACUACUACUAUGAACUCUGGUGGUUCUGGCUAGUGUGGACCAUCAUCAUCAUCCUGAGCUGCUGCUGUGUCUGCCACCACCGCCGAGCCAAGCACCGCCUUCAGGCCCAGCAGCGGCAGCAUGAAAUCAACCUGAUUGCCUACCGGGAAGCCCACAAUUACUCAGCGCUGCCAUUUUAUUUCAGGUUUUUGCCAAACUAUUUACUACCUCCUUAUGAGGAAGUGGUGAACCGACCUCCAACUCCUCCCCCGCCGUACAGUGCCUUCCAGCUACAGCAGCAGCAGCAGCUGCCUCCUCAGUGUGGCCCUGCAGGUGGCAGCCCUCCGGGUGCUGAUCCUACCAGGGGCUCCCAGGGGGCACAGAGCAGCCCCUUGUCUGUGCCCAGCAGAAGCAGCACAAGACCCCCAAGCAUCGCUGAUCCUGAGCCCUCUGACGUGCCAGCUGACCGAGCAGCCACCAAAGCCCCCGGAAUGGAGCCCAGUGGCUCAGUGGCCGGCCUGGGGGAGCUAGACCCAGCGGCCUUCCUGGACAAGGAUUCAGAAUGUAAGGAGGAGCUACUGAAAGAUUCCAGCUCUGAGCAUGGCAGUGUGCUCCCCGAUAGCAAAGACAAGACACCUGGCAGACAUCGCCGCUUCACAGGUGACUCGGGCAUUGAGGUGUGUGUGUGCAACCGGGGCCAUCAUGACGAUGACCUCAAAGAGUUCACCACACUCAUUGAUGAUGCUCUGGAUGGGCCCCUGGACUUCUGUGACAGCUGCCACGUGAGGCCUCCUGGUGAUGAGGAGGAAGGGCUCUGCCAGCCCUCUGAGGAGCAGGCUCGAGAGCCUGGACAUUCCCACCUGCCUCGGCCGCCCGCAUGCCUGCUGCUCAACACCAUCAAUGAGCAGGACUCGCCAAACUCCCAGAGCAGCAGCUCCCCCAGCUAGAAUAGGCCCUGCCUGUGCCCAGAAACUUGGCAAAGCAACCAGGGUAAGGGAGACUCACGAGAGAAGCAUUAAGUGACUUUCAGAGGAAGUGGUACAGCCACUUUUUUUUUCCCCUUCUCCUCUCCUGCUUUUUCCUACAUCUCCAAGUACAGUUUGGGGUGUGGGUGCCUCUCCCUCACAAAAGCACAGUAUUGUGGAGGGCUGAGAAGUUGGUUCCAUGACUCAUUCCUCAUCCCCACCUCAUCCCCUUCUUCCCCCCUUUCAAGUCAUAUCUCACCUACCUGCUUUGGUCAGAGAGAUGUGUUUUAAAGCCCCCAAAGAAGGGGACUAAGACUGUGUCCUGUGAUGAUUCUUGGUGAUGUAGUGGAUUUAUGCUCUGGUUUUAGUUUAAGAGAACUUUGUUGUGUCUCAGUUCAGCAGAAGCAACCCUUCUUAGCCCUGGUUGAAGAAGGAAGCCACAGAGGCCUAGGGUUUGUCAGCUGUGGCUGCCAGUGUCUGCACAGCCAGAGUUGAGCUGAUUCUGUGGGAGGAUGAGAGCUGGUAGACAGGUUGGUAGGAGGCUUGUUGAUCUCUCAAAUUCCAGGUGACAAGAAAAUGUACCACUGUGCAUCCUGGAGGGGCCCCUUCCUUCCCAGCAGGCUCAGGUGUGGAAGAGUAGACUGCCUUUUUUUUGGUUUUAACAACAAAAGCCAGCUAGAAACAAGAAAUUUACCAGUGGGCUUGCAAGAAUUCUCUUCUGGACAAGGGAAGUUUGUGCUUUCCCAGGUUGGCCUACCACGAACGUGGCUGCAGUUGAGCCAGAGGGAGAUGUUUGUGUGUGGGCUUGGAGUGGGUUAGCUCUGAGCAGUAGGCCCUAAAUCUGGGAGUGGAGAGAAGUGCAGCUUCCUGCAUCUCUGCCCUUUGGUCUGUGCCCACAGGUGACCAGUGUCCUUGUCCAUCCCUAGCACAUGGUCUGCAGGACUUUGUAUCUCCUUGUACUCUUAUGAACAGAGGGUCUGAGGAAGCUGUGGGUCCUGGGAAAGGCAGCCCCGUAGUCUGGUUCUCACACAGUAUUUUUUCUUUGAUUCUGAAUAAGUCUCUUGUUGUUGUGUGUUUGAUUGUUUGUUUUAAACUGACCACUUGGAAGAAAUCCCUUGGUUAUCUGUGGUUCUCAUGCUCUGUCCCUGUCCCUAGCCCACUGGGGUCGGGUGACUCACUUUUCUGUAACUUAUGUAAGGAGUUUUGGUGGCCCAGGUGGGAGGGUGGAGGCAGCCUCCAGAAGGACCACAGGAUCCUUAUUACUGUCGUCUGGUUUUGGACAACCAGUUGAGCUUUGAUAGGAAAACUCUGAAAGGAGAAAGCAAUCAGCUGAAACUAACAUUCCCCAUCCAUCCCUGUUCAUAUGAAAAGUUUGGUUCUUCUCCCACUUUUGAAUGAUGAUAUUCAGGCUAGGCAUUGAUGUUAUAGUAAAAAAGGAAAAAAAAAAUAUAUAUAUAUAUAUAUAAACAGACAAAUCCAAGGCUGUGAGGUGAAUGAGUGUCUGUUUGGAUUACACAGAACCAAAAUUCAUGUCGAACAAAGUGAAGUCUGUAGACGAUGACUUUGAAUGAUCUGUUGUGUGUGUGUGUGUGUCGUGUGUGAGCCCCACACCCCGUGUUCCUGUGAAGAUACUUUGAAUGGCAGCCAACCUGCUCACGUUAACCACACGUCUGAAGCAAAUAUGGCCCUCUCAAGGUAAUUUAUUUUAUGCAUUUACUGUUUACUGAACAAACGUCUGACUGUGUACUUGAGUGUAUUUGGCAGCAUUGUCGACGGCGCCCCCCUGUGUUUGCCUGAGAUACUGCGCUCAAGGUAGAGGUUCCACUCUGCUCAUCACUGCAAUUUGCACAUUGCUCCGUGGACGCUCAGAGGCCUGUGUUCUGUCCCUGUUAAUGGAAGCGUGCUCUGAACCUGUCUGCCUCCCUCCGCUACUCAUUGCCUUCGAUCUCAGCCCCCAGAAGGUGUCCACAACCACUUGGGACAGAAGGCAAAAGUGGAAUUCAGACAGAAGCUUGAUUGGCUCUUCAGUGACAAGCUUGGCCUUGCUGUGGCCCAGACAUCAGCCUGCUCAGAAUUGCCAGGAGGCUUUGGCAGACUCAUGGUGCCACAGCACAAUCCUUCCUUUGCUGAGUUCAGUGGACACAGGCGGACUGGCGUGUGGCCAGAGGGGUGCCACAGCACAGCAGUCCUCAGAUGCCUACCUUCCACCUUCCUUUCGAAAUCACAGACAACUCACUGAAGUGUCUCCAAGGAGAACAAGUUUUACCAAAAGGAAUCCUUCUUCAUUUAACUGAUCAAAUGGAUGAAUCUGACCCUCUAAGUUUCUUUCCCCAGCGGGGAGCUGGUCUGAGUGUUGACUGUUGGCUUCACUGAAGCAUCUUACCCUGAAGGCCUGAGAAGAAGCACAGUGGCCAAGCUGGGCUUAACUAGUAAGCCGCAGUUGGCCACGGCUGCUGGAGGCUUCCUGCUCAGAGAAGGAGACAGGGAACUGAAGGAAUAGUCGGGGGUCAGAGAGACUAGGUUGAGUCUGGUUUUCCAGAUGAAUGAGAAGGAAAGGAUUGGUGGAGGGUUUGGUGCUACAGUCGGAAGAUUUGCAAAUGCUAACACAUUCCUGUGUGAGGCACAUCACCAUUUGUCAGUUAUUGUGAAUAUGUGUAUUUUAAGCAAUAAGAUUCAGCUGGUCAGAUUUUUCUGGGCAGUCUCAGUGACGCAUUUCCUGUGCUGUGAUUGUUCUGAAGACAGAGUGGCUCUAACCACUGUGAGAAGCCCAAAUAAAAAUUCAUCCCAAAAGUU